AUGAAAGGUGAUCGUAUGCUGUUCAAAAAUUAGUAAAUAGCAGAAUGUCAUCAAAACAGAAAGUAUUAAUGGUGUGUUUAGGAAACAGCUGUCGUUCUCCAAUAGCAGAAGCAGUGUUUCGUGAUGAAAUAAAAAAAUUACACCUUGUUGACUUUUGGGAAGUAGACAGUGCUGCACUUUUACAAUACCAUGUAGGUAAUCAUCCAGAGCCUAGAGCUAUGAAUACACUUAGAGAAAGAGGUAUUAUAGAUUAUACUCACAUAGCAAGACAGAUAACAAAGGAAGACUUUUACAACUUCAAUUGGAUAUUUGGAAUGGAUAAUGGAAUAGUUUAUAAUUUGUGUCACAUGCAACCAGAUAAUAGUCAAGCAAAAAUUGAACUUCUUGGAAAAUAUGAUCCAAAUGGAGAACUAAAUAUACGAGAUCCAUUAUUUGAUGCUGACAGUGCUGGUUUUGAAAAAGCAUUCGAGCAAGCUGCUAGGAGUGUAAAGGAAUUUCUAAAACAACAUAAUAAUUUUUACAACAAUAAAUAAUAAUAAACAAUAAUAAAUAAUUUUUAUUAUAGGUUUUGUAAAUAU